UAUGCAAUUUACUUCUCCCAUGCUGACACCCCUUGGGCAGUGGCGGAUUCAGGAAUUUAUUUCAUGUUUUAUGCUCUUUGCAAUUUACUUCUCCCAUGCUGACACCCCUUGGGCAGUGGCGGAUUCAGGAAUUUAUUUCAGGGGGUUCGAAAAAAUAAAAAUAUAAAUGUGUGAAUACGUCAACAAAAUAUAAUUUCAACGUAUAGCAGCUGUAUAUGCGUCCUUUUUUUUUUAUUAUAGCUGUACUGGACAGCUACUAUAGCAGCUGUGCAAAACAGAUUUUUAAAAAAGAAGCCUUCGCUUGUAGUGGGAAUCAAACCCACGACCGAGGGCUGAAGGAGCGAUUGAAGAAGCGGACAUAGAACCACUGGGCUAUCCAACAACCUUGUUUUCAGCGCAAGAUGGCGAGGCAUCAGACUACUUUAACGGUCAUGCCGUUUUAACUCCAAAGACAAAGAUAAAGAUGCAGACUGUUGAGCAGCAGAGACACAUUCUGCAGAUGCUGGAGAAGUCUUUGGCCAGAGAGUUAGAUCUUGAGAAGAAGCUUACUGAAUCUAGACAAGUUGAACAAGAAUUAGAAGUCAGGUUGCAGCAAGAAGCUCUCUGCAUGGAGGAGGAAAUUGAAGAUGCUUGGCAAAGGUUGUUUGAGGGAGAGAAUGCUGCUGAAGUCCUCUCAGGAAUUUCAAAAGAACUACUGGGUCGACUCCAGAUGGCACAUUUUAAUCUGAACGGUGUUGUUCAGAGAGAAAGCCACUUACAAUCUAAACUUCAAGAAUUGGAGGAACAUUUAAAAGAAAAAGACAACUUACUAGGGAAGUCUGAAAGAACUUCUAAAGAUCUUGUGGAUAAGGUUAAAUCUCUUGAAAAACGGUUGGAGGACUCUGAGUUCCAGCUGUCCAAUUAUACGGCAUCUACAAAGAAAAGUCUGAGGGACUCUGAGCUUCAACUUCAGCAUGCAGUUGCAUCUGCUGAAGCUAGUCAAGAGAAGCAAAUCAUGUUGAAUUCUACAAUCAAAGACAUGGAAGACUUGAUUGAGGACCUAAAAUCAAAAUUUUCAAAAGCAGAAAGUUUGACGGAGAGUGCUGAAGAUAAGUGCAUUAUCUUGUCAGAAUCUAACGCAGAUCUCAAUGAAGAAUUAACUUUUGCAAGGAGUAGGUUGGCAUGUUUGGAGGCAUCGUUGCGCCAAGCUGAGGAAACGAAGAAGGCUACUGCCCGAGAUAUUAACUUCCGAAGUAAAUUGAUAACUGAUCUAAUUUUGCAAUUGGCAUUUGAAAGAGAGAGACUUGAAAAGCAGGUUUGUCACUUCCUACUGACUCUCAUUCCUGUUAUGACUGGAAUUAUCUUGAUAACAUUUACAAGCAAGUUUGUCACUUCCUACUGACUCUCAUUCCUGUUAUGACUGGAAUUAUCUUGAUAACAUUUCCAACUUUCCUUUUCCUCCACUCUAUCCAGUUAUUUUGAGUUUUCUUGUCUAAUUGACAUGAUUAAUGGGCUUAAACCCGGAUUCAGGAUUGUUCCUAAUUGAAUACUAGUUACUAUCUGAAACAGCCUAGAAUUAUGUCUAAUAAUGAUAUGGCAUUUGGAUAACAUCAACAUUUUUUGUCAAAAUAUAAUUUUAUUCAGACUUUGUUGGAAGCUUAACAGCUUCAUAAAUUAAUGACUUUUAAAAUGCAGUUGUUGUGUGUGCAAGCUUGUCUUAUAAUUGAGGUGUAGUCUUUUUCCUUUUUACUUGUUUCGCCAACAAUAUCUGUUCAUUUGGUCAAGUUUGACAUUUUCUCGCUCUUUAACUUUUCAGAGUUUGUGACCAUAUAGCUCACACUAUAAUCAUAGAAGUAUUUUUUACUGUGAAA